UGAGAAUCGAGCUGCUGUUGUCCUGCAACACGUCUGACUUUCCAUUUGGCAAUUCCUUAAACUCCAUUUCACAGAACGUUGUGAUCUUUUCUUUGUCUGAAUCCAUUCACCGGUGUCAUUGCUCCUCGUUCACUGUCAUAAGUCAGUACAUCAGCUGAGCGUUUCCCAUCAUUUCAUUCAUGAUCCCUCACGUUUAAUCUGUUCAUCUCCCAUUUUUCCAAUCAUUUUCCAACCCACUUUACAAAUAAAAAAAAAAAGGGGAAAACUCUGAGCACGGCAUAGCCUGAAGUGGAUGUCAUUGGUUAACCAACACUAACUAGCAGAAGAAAGAAAUUGAAACAGCCUGAAGGCGCCUUUGUGGACAGGACACUUAGAGGGCCAAACAAUGGAAUGCUCUCUCCUGCCUACACUGCUCAGCACUCUACAGACUGAGGUUAAACGGCUUAGUUAGCAGUGUGCCUCUCCCCCAAGAACUCUUUUAGCCUGGAGAAAGUUGGGAGAAAAAAAAAAAACGGGCGAAGGAGAAUUUCCUUCAUAGUACAGCACCUUACCCCAGUUCUUUGUAGUUGUUUGUUUGGGAUUCAUUUGGAAGCUUUGCGUGAACAAAAGCCAAGAUGGAUUUGGAACCGUAUCUGUGGAUGGUCGUGAUUGGCUUCAUUAUAGCCUUCAUCCUGGCUUUUUCAGUGGGGGCCAAUGACGUGGCGAACUCGUUUGGCACGGCGGUCGGGUCAGGGGUGGUGACACUACGUCAGGCCUGCAUCCUGGCUUCCAUAUUUGAGACCCUUGGCUCCAUGCUCCUUGGUGCCAAGGUCGGGGAAACCAUUCGGAAGGGAAUUAUAGAUGUCAGCUUAUACAAUGAUACAGUGCCGAUACUGAUGGCGGGAGAGGUCAGCGCCAUGGUCGGGUCUGCGGUUUGGCAGCUCAUUGCCUCUUUUCUGAAGUUGCCCAUUUCUGGAACUCAUUGCAUUGUGGGAUCUACUAUUGGCUUCUCCAUGGUUGCUAUUGGCACUAAAGGAGUACAGUGGAUGCAGUUAGUCAAAAUUGUUGCCUCAUGGUUCAUCUCCCCUCUGCUGUCUGGUCUCAUGUCUGGUCUGCUUUUCUUCAUCAUCAGAUAUUUCAUUCUUAACAAGGAUGACCCUGUUCCCAACGGCCUCCGUGCUUUGCCGCUCUUCUACGCGUCAACCAUCGGAAUCAACACUUUCUCCAUCAUGUACACUGGAGCUCCCUUACUGGGCUUGGAGAUGCUCCCCGUCUGGGCUAUUGCACUCAUUACCUUGGCUGGUGCUGUGGUAUGUGCCGGUCUGGUCUGGAUUUUUGUUUGCCCCUGGAUGAGAAGGAAAAUAGCAAGUCGGCUGAAGAAAGAGCAUGCUCUUUCCCGCAUCUCUGAUGAGAGUUUGGAUAAAAUCCCGGAGGAGGAAGAGGAAGCCCCCGUGUUUAAAGAGCUUCCAGGUGCGAAAAGCAGCAACGAUGCUGUGCUGCCCCUGACAGCGGAGUCCACAGGAGAGCUGAACAGCCUGGCUAAUGGAGGCACAGUCCUGCCCAACGGCAGAGUGUAUGGUCGCACCAACUCCAUGACCAACGGCUGCCUCAAGUCACCCGUGUCUAAUGGGGGCUUCAGCUUUGACGGACACAUGCGAAGCGACGGCCAGGUCUAUCACACCGUUCACAAGGACUCUGGUCUCUACAAGGACCUCCUACACAAGAUCCACCUGGGCCGCCUGGAGGACGAGCGCAGCGGCUCGCGUCCCGACAACAACUACCGUCACCUCCGCCGCAACAACAGCUAUACGUGCUACACAGCAGCCAUCUGCGGCAUGCCGGUGCAGCCCCUGAUGCGCUCGGAGUCCAGCGCCCCUCCUCCAGAGGACAGCGAGAAGCUAGUGGGCGACACCGUGUUCUAUUCGAAGAAGCGAUUGCGUUAUGACAGCUAUUCCAGCUACUGCAACGCGGUUGCGGAGGCUGAGAUUGAAGCGGAGGAAGGUGACGUGGAUGUGAAUUUGGCAGCAGAUAAAAGGGAGACUUUGGCCCCUGCUGAAGGGGUGCUGGAGGACUGCGUUGAUGAGGACAAGGAGGAGAAGGACAACCCUCAAGUCUUCCUGCUCUUCCACUUCCUGCAAAUCCUCACCGCCUGUUUUGGAUCAUUUGCGCAUGGGGGGAAUGAUGUCAGUAAUGCAAUUGGUCCUUUGGUGGCUCUGUGGAUGAUUUACGACCAGGGUGGGGUGAUGCAGGAUGCGGCAACACCGGUCUGGCUGCUGUUCUAUGGCGGCUUGGGAAUCUGUGCCGGACUGUGGGUUUGGGGUCGACGUGUCAUUCAAACGAUGGGCAAAGACCUCACUCCCAUCACCCCCUCCAGUGGAUUCACCAUUGAGCUGGCCUCAGCGGUCACUGUUGUUUUGGCGUCCAAUAUCGGACUUCCAAUCAGUACGACACACUGCAAGGUGGGCUCAGUGGUGGCGGUGGGCUGGCUCCGCUCCAGGAAGGCCGUGGACUGGCGUCUUUUCCGGAACAUCUUCCUGGCCUGGUUUGUGACCGUCCCUGUAGCAGGCCUCUUCAGCGCUGCUGUCAUGGCCCUGUUCGUCUACGGCAUACUGCCUUACGUUUGAGAUGGAAAAUGGGGAAGAGAGGGAGGUAUAGGAAGGUAAUGACGAAAAAAAUAAAACCGAGAAACAGACAGAUAUAAAAAAAAAAUAGCAAGAUAUAAGGGGACAGCCAGAGGGUGGGGGAGAGUCUUCAAAUGCUGCCUGGAAAAGCAUCCAGAAUCCUUUGACUUAAAUAUCCUUAAAUCUUGUCAAGAGUAUUUAUUUCCGUUUCAGUUUUUCUAUUGUUUUGUUGAAACGUUACCAUAAAGCGUCAGAUCUUUGACUCGUGAUUUCAAAUGGUACCAUUUCAAAUUCCAAAAAAAAAUAGCUCUUGUACAUUUGUGGUCCUACAUGUUCAAGGGAGUAAACGGACGGAGAACUGGACACAUGUGCACAUACAGUACAAAUACUCAUUGCCAAUAUUACAAAAAAAAAAAACAAUAGUAUAUGAAGAAUGGGACGAGAAAAUUGGUUUUAUGGCACAAAUCACAAUAUAUUGGCACAAAAAUAUAGCUAUUAACUACUCUUGGGCCUCUAAAUGUAAUGUUUUGAAAUAUAUCAUGUGUUUAUUCCCAUUUACUGAAACAUCAAACUUUGGUGUACAGUAAAUGACACUGAGAAGCAUCCUGCUGUUCAAAACCUACAUUAGCUGCAUUGCUAAAAUCAUACCUCAGUCCACUCUCUAUGCCACAUAAAAGACAAGUGACAAAACUGUGCUAUCUCUAUACAUGAAAUAUUAUCAAUGAAACAUUUUGUAGUGGGUAAUGUGUAAGAAUUCCCUGUUCUUUUAUUGUUGUAUUUAUUUUUAGACAUGUUACCAUUCAUAACUUUCUAAAAACACAAAAGGUGUAAAGACAAAAUCAUAUUUUGAACUAUGUAUGCUACUAUAAUUUCUACUGUGUAUAUAUUCAGCUAUGGAGUUUAGAUUUUUAGUUGAGUCUUAUUUCGAGGUCUUAUAUUGUUACAUUUAAGGAGAAUUUAGACCAGGUUUGGUAGUUGCAUGAAACAUAUGCUCUUCCAAGCAUAUGAAAAAGAGCAAAUAUUUAAAAAAAAAGAAAUAUUUUACUAUGACAAGACACUACAUCCAUAAUCCUGUCAGAGUAUAAUUGCAAAAAAAAUUCACUUUUUUCUCAUUGCCUACCCUAAAGAAUCCUCAUGUUGGUGAAACGUAAAACAUUCACCGUCAUUUAAAUAAAAAUAUAACAAGGAGCUGGUUAGUAUCAUAAAGGAGUCAUAUCUGAGGUAUUAAAUUAAACUUUUGUACAUAUUACUAGGUGAUUUUUACCCAUUUCAUUUUUUCUUUUCUCUUUUUGGAUAAUCAGUAGCCAAAGAUUGAGAUGAUCAUGUUUAAUUGCCAUACUCUUUGACAGUGUUUGUAUUUCUAAACAACAUCUAAACACUAUAUAAAGGAUGCUAGUAGUUCAGUCUAGCAAUAGUAUAUAAUAAUUCUCAGAGCCCAACGGAUGAUGCCAAUAUAAAUACCUGUAUGUGCCAGGACAGCCAAAAUCACCCAUAAAACCAGCACAACACACAAACAAUUUUACCCACGUCGCAUAUAUGAUGUUUCGAGAGGCAGUGCUAGACGCCUGGUCUGGUUAUCAGUCUUAUAUCAGCAUCCAGAUACUUGAUUCAGCCUCACUGACAUCACAUUGAGGUUUAUCAGAAGAGAAGUUUGUUUGACAUCAGGUCAGUUUGUGAUUCAGUGGCAUAAAUGUGUCACAUAGCGAUGCUCUGACGCCACAAGAAACCAAAAAAAAUCUCAUGAUUUUAGUCCAAAAAUGGCCAGGCUCACAUUAAAUGACCAUGUGAUAUCAGGUGAACUGAGCACCAGACAUUGUAAGCUGCCUCGGGAUAGUCAUCAGAUUUGAAAACUGUACAAAUGUGUGGCUUUGAACCAAUGCAAAGUGUUGCUGUUUCUCUUUAUCUUUUUUUGUGUAUUUUUUGUUUUUUUUUCAUCAAGAACAAAUCUAUGCUUAUAUGGCCAUUUGCCUUGUAAUGUUGUGCUUUACUGUUUGUUGGAUACAGUAACUUCAGUACUGUGGUGUUUACAUUGUAAUCAUAUUGUAGAAUAACUCAUUGCAGUUGCCUAAAAAUGCCAAUCAACUAACUAUUAAUCACAAAUUAAAUAUGAAAUAACCAGGCAUAGUGCAAAGGUGUUUCAUGUCAUUUUGUGUUUUAGCAGUGUGAACCAUGAUGAUCCUGUGUUAUGUCACACUGCUAUAUGUAGUACACAACUUUACAUGGUGGAUAUGAUUUUAAAAAAAUAAUAAUAAUAAAAGAAAUUAAUAGAUAUAAAUUUCAUUAAACUAUAUUUUUCUACAUAUAUAAGUUCUACCUGGGUGGUGACUUCUCACAUGGAGAGUAAACUGGGCUGCUGAGCAGUAAUUAUGUUAAAGUAAAGUAACUAAUAAGAAGAAAAUUCAGUGCUGAAUACCACUGAACAAUUUCCUAAAGAUGGUUACGAGUCUGUUCAAAAAAGUUCAGGCAGGGGGUCAUAAUGUGGAUUGGUUCCAUAUACCCAUCGUUUUUUUUUUCUUGCCCAGGGACGUCUCUCCCUUGUGUGAGAGUGAGUGGUUGUGAGUUUUUCAUGAUUAUUUUUUGAAAAGUAAGGCUAACUUUGUAAUUUUGUUUCCCUGAAAUGCAAUAUUGAGCUGCCAGAAAUGUGGUCAAUCGGACCUCCACCAGCAGUGGCGGUAACACCGUUUAGAGUCAGACAGGGGUACAGCAAGAUCCAGUAAAACUUUUUACUAACCUGCAUCCGAUUUUUUUGCAUCGACCUGACGAUAUAAUCUGCCUUUCUGCUAUGACUUGGUUUGUUUUACAACGGCACGCCAGCGAAAUCUUCCACAUGCGUAGUAAACGCCAUUGUUUACGCAACUACACGAACGCAGACUCAAACCUCAGUCUGUAGUACUCAAGAAAGCGGCUGAAUUGGCUUUUGAAUUGUACCUGACAUUAAAGUAAAUGGGUUUACGUUCUUAACGUUAGAUUGAGAUUCUCUUCAAAUUGUUGCUGCGUCAUAACUGAUUAAAUUUACUCUAUUUCCCGCCCCUUGCGGCAACGUCCAGAAUUGCAUUGAAUUUCGGAAUCGCAUCUGUGUUCAGGUAUUUGCGUCAACGGACAUGAGGCUGCAGUAUUUUGGCUACAGAGUUACAUAUUCAAAGGAUGGCAUGUUAACCACUAUGCUAAAUCAAAAACCUCAGCCAUUCUGUGUUAUUAGAUGGACAUGUUAUGAGAGAUCACUGUGUAAGAUUUACAGAAACAAAAUCAUCCUUAUCCACAACCAGCGUGUUGAUAAAAGGUUUCAUAACUGUUCUUGGCAGCCUAGUAGUGACAUUCUCCCGUAGUGUACUAAUAUCAUUUAUUAGGUUUCCAUGUUCUUAUCUGCACUUGAAAAUAGAAUGUAGCCCAAUCCUCUGCUGGCCUGCUGAUUGCCUGCUGUGUGUCGUCUCUAUUGCCAUGAUGUGAAUGCUAUGCUGUUAACUGUCUGGAACCAUCUUAAGACAGGGCUUCAGUUUUAACAAACCCCCCCUUAUCUGCAUAUGUACUGUAUUGCUGUUUUCUUUCUUUUUGGAACUUUUUUUGUGAAAGUUGUCUGCAUUUUAACUAAUUAAAUUAUGGGAAUUAAAAUUACAAAGAAUAACAAUC